UGUCGGAAACAAUAUCGUCUGAAGGUCAUUGCGUGAGUACCUAAAAUGGCUGUAUUUUGUUGAUGGAGAGUGCGAUUGAUUUGAUGUGAUUGAUCAACCCAACCCAGUGUUAGCAUACUUUUCUUAUUUGAUUUUUGGAAGUCCACCAGUUAGAGAAUGGCCACAGUGAAAGUUCUGUUUGAGUAUGAAGCAGAGCAGGAAGACGAAUUAAAUUUAAAAGUAGGAGAUAUUGUGAAAAAUGUUGAUGUUCAAGAUGGUGGCUGGUGGGAAGGUGAGAUCGGCGGCAAACGUGGAGUGUUUCCUGAAAAUUUUGUUGAACUUAUCAAGCCAGAUGAAAAUAAAGCACCACCACCUACUGCUGCUACUGCUGCUGAAAGUAAAAAACAAGCCAAAGUUACUUUUCAAUAUGAACCAGAACAGGAUGAUGAAUUAGCACUUGAAGUAGGAGAAAUAGUUGAAGUUUUAGAAGAUGAUGAUGAGGGUUGGUGGAAGGGAAGUUUAAAUGGAAAGAUUGGAAUGUUUCCUUCAAACUUUGUCGAAAGGAUAAAAACUAGUGUUGUCAAAGAAGAACAAAAGCCUCCUUUACCAGAAGCCACUGAAGAAGCAGAUGUUAAACCAAGACCAAAAUCCCAAAUGGGAUUUGGUUUAAAACUAGAAGAUCUGUCAAGAAAUAAACUCAAAAAAGUCGACAAGGGAGGAGAACAAAAGCCUGUACAGAUGGUCCAACCAAUGGACCAUGCAAAGGAGCCAGAAAAGAAAGUGCCAGCUUCACCUCCUGUCUCUGCACAACCAACAACCAAGCCUGUUCAAAAAGCUAAAGUCACAUUUGCAUAUGACCCAGAACAAGAAGAUGAAUUAAAGCUUAACAUAGGUGAUGUAGUGAUAGUAACAAACAAAAACGUUUUUGAGGGAUGGAUGGAAGGUGUAUUAAAUGGAAAAAAGGGUUUAUUUCCUGAUAAUUUUGUCGAAAUGUUACCUAUGGAGCACGUCAAAACUGAGCCUGAUUUACCAGCACCGCAUAAUAUAAAUGGACAAAAGUCUGUUAAACGAGCUGCUAAGCAAGACCCUAUUGCUGAACCUGAAAAGGUGGAUCAUACAGAAAAGCUAAAGCAUAUGGGAAUACCAAUGAUGCCUCAUGGAAAUAACUUAAAGCAAGAAUUAGAAAAAAAGAUGUCACAACCACCCCCGGCAUCAAAACCUCCACUUCCGGAAACAAAAAAGCCAGCCAGCAAAGGCCCUGCGCCACCACCUCCAGCCUCAAAAAAGCCGAAACCAGCCUUACCACAACAGCCGAAACCACCGAAACCACAAGUUCCUGCUGCUCCUAAAAAAGAGGAAAUCCAUCCUUCUUCUCCAACGAAACUAUUAAGCGAAGCGCCAAGAUCAGCUUCCAUAUCUGUGGGAUCAGUCGGUAACAAGUACGGUCCUCAUCCACGAUCAAAUUCUGAAUCUUUCAAACGAAAUAAUCCUCCGGCUGCUGCUGCUGCUCCUACUAAGAAUCAAAGUGGUGUAACACACCAAGGAUCAAUAGAUUUGGAUAUUAUAAAGUCGACCGAACCACUUAGUCACGUACAGAGGGCCAAGGCUCCAGCAAAGAAUCCACCCUCAAAGUUUAAGAAAGCACACGAAACAACAGAAGAAACAGACAAAGAGGACGACAAGCCGAUUAUGGAAAACAACAGGGAGAAUAAUUCAAAAGAAGUUGACCAGCUAAAGUCUCAAGUGAAUGAUAUACAAAAUAAGAUGAAUGAAAUGGAGAAAAAAUUUAAAAAGUUAAUGUUACAGGUCACAGAUGAUUUGGACAAUGAGCGAAAAAUACGAUUAAAUCAACAGGUUGAAAUAGAUAGAUUAAAGAAGCAGCUUGAUAUUUUAGGUGAGAAAUAAACCAAUAUGCAGUAACAGUCACCGCAAUUGGUGUUCAUUUGCGAUUUAUUGAAAAAGAUAUGGAGUUUAAUUCUGUCGUAAAUUUUGCUAUUUUGUCGCAUAUUUUGAACUUUAUCGUAAAUUUCAAACAAUUUUGUCGUAAUAUUAUGAACUGGAAAUAUUUUAUAUGUGCAUCCUUCUUUAUACUGAAUGGUAAUGAAAUAAAAGCAGUAGUGUACAUAUUUCGAAACUGUUACGACGUUCCUUCCUCGUAACUCGCGCGUAAUACCAGUGUUACUACAUUUCACGCUUUUUGUUUUAUAAGAACACCAGCCUCGAAUGUUAUCGAGAAAAUGAGAAAAUCAUGAGCAGACCCUAACGAUUAUUUUUAAGCCUAAGAACAACUCAAAUCUGAGUUUUGCCAUAAAAUCAGAACAACCCAGGAUGUGACAUCUCGUACAAUUCUUACUAUUUAGAAAACAAAAAGAAAUUAGGCUACAUAAUGCUCAAAUAAUAAGAACAGCAAGGUUGUUGCUGAUUUUUAUAAAAUAUCGUGUAGUGCUUUUCUCUGUAACGUACAGGUUUUCGUUCAAGGAAAAGAUUUUUUUGUGAUUUACUAAAUGUUGUAAUUACCUUUGUGUGUGUACAAUUAGAUGUUUGAUUUUUAAAUCACGCGAUUGUUAAUAAUUGUUUUUGUAUGUAAAAAAUAGCGAACUUGAAUCUAGAUAUAUGGCUUUUUUAUUCAUGUUUGUGAUUUUCGCAAAUAUUCCACACUUGUUGGAACUCAAAAAACAUUUCAACAUGAAUAGCUAAGUGCUAAAAUAUAUAAUACUUCUUUUAAAAAGUGAGGUUGCAGUGCUUUUGAAAGUAAAAAAAAUAUGUAUUCAUUUAUAGAGUUAUAGAUAUGGAAAAAUUUGUUUGCAGAUAUACGAUAAUUUCAUAGUUAAUCUAUUUACUUUUAUUUACGCAUAUAACUCUUUAUACUUCGGGAAAAAACUCUCGCUGUGAUAAGUGAAAUAAUUCGUUAACGCGUGUUUUUUAUACACGCAAUCAUAACAAGUAUCUGCGUAUUAUAUAUAAAAUCAUAUAUUGUAAAUUUGUGAGCGCUGCACCCAAUUUUUAGCUGUCUGUCUUUCUACUUUUAAGAAAGACGACUUUCCCGUACACAAUUGGAGAUCUCUUCUAAUUCUCGAAUGCUUAAAGACGGGUUGCUAUAUCCCCUACUAUGUUAUGGGUCUGUAUCUAAUGAAGUUUUUUGUGCAUAGAUUUCUUCAUCACGCUUAAUGAAACACAUGACUAACUUUUGAAUAGAAUAGAAGAUAGAAGAUAUUGAUAGAAUUGUGUAGGUAUGCGAAAUUGUAUAUUAUAGAGAAAUAGAAAGAAACGCAGGAUAAUUUUUAUACCCUUUUUUCUCGAAUUUAAUUUGUUUUAGUUAAAAUUGUAAAUUAAUAAUUGAAAAAAUAUAUUUCCUUCAA